GACUAUUUACAUAGAGCAGACACCUUUGUAUAAGCGCCCAAACAGGAAAACACCCUCCUCAUGUUUUAUGAUAGGAUUAGCCCAAGGACAAGGCACCAGAUGAACAAAAUCCGAAGACAAGGGAAUCAAGAUCAGAGCAAUCAUCCAGAAUAAAAGAACUUUUGUAAAAUCCAAAUUUACCCAAUAGUCUGGAGCAAGAAAAACUGUCUAAAAGGGAAAACCAAACUGUAUAUGCGUGCUGCAGACCCGGGAACGACGGAGCUGUGACUCAUCCUUCCCGUUCUUUCUUUCUUCAAUAAAACUCAUAACUUCCAGGCAGCUGUCUUCACGAAACUUUCUUUUAGCGUCAGUGGUGAUUCCCGGCUGGGAACGGACCGGAAACCUUUGCCUUCCAACAAUUGGCGACCACGAAGGGACUCUCAGGUCACCCAACCACCAAGCCAGGCCCGAGGAAUCGCUCUUCUGCCGGCUGUAGAUGUUUUCAUCUGCAAAAGGACUUCCAUGGACCCGGUGCAGCUAAAAAAGGUAGUAAAGUGAGAUCCGGAGUUUGAACUCUACAGCUGCCUGAAAAAGAGCCCUGCAUAAGAGACUACAGACUCUGUGGACACAGAGUGCCCUGACCCAGACGCUACCCCUGGAGGAAAACCUGCACCUAUACGAACCGGGCAGCUGGGCGUGGAUCAAACACUUCACCAGAACAACACCACUACAACCCAGGUGGACAAGACCCUACCAAAUCCUGUUGACUACACAAACAGCCAUGAAGGUUGCAGAAAAGGACUUCUGGAUUCAUUGGACUCGCGUCAAGGCCACUGUCAUAGACCACAGUGCUGACAUCCCACCGAUUAAGAUAAAAGGGAACCCAGAUACUCAACAGUGGACUUUGGAGGCUUUCUUCCACAAGGAGGAACAGUAAACCAACCUAAAAGACUCAUUGGUUAAAUCUUAAUCCUUCUAAUUUUACCUUUAAAAAAAGGGGUGGGGUGGGGUGGUUGUGGUUAGCUUAAAAUGGGAAAAGGAAAUAUUGUGAUAAAUGUUUUUUGUUGUUGUAUAAUGUUAACUGUAACUCAAGUAACUGCAUUUUUAGAACCAAACCUCAUCCCAGAAAAAGGAAACAUCUGGGAAUACCUAGCAAAGGAAGUGCUUAACACCAGAGACUUCUGCCUAGAGAGUGGGAGAUCAGUGAAAGAUAUCUUAAAAACAUGCCUCAUAGGGGUGAUAGUGGGACCCCAAGCCAUUCACAACGACACUAAGCUUAGACACAUUCCCAUCACACCGUCAUAUUCAACCAUCUAUGAUUGGGGAAACGUCACUAAGACUAAAAACUUAGGCAAGUACACUCUACACAUAGCAGCCAUCUCAUUUUCACCCUGGUGUUUUAGGGUUGAGGGAUGCCGAGCCCAAGGAGAGGUAGGCUGCACUAGCCUAAACAACACCGACCUCAAAUGCAACCACACAGAAAACAUUCCCCACUCCUAUAGCUACGUGAGGCUACCCCAUGGAUGGUUUAUGCUAUGUGGAUUGCAAGCCUGUUCAUAUAUACCGGCCAACUCCACAGGGGGGCCAUGCACCCUGGAAAAGUUAACCAUGCUCAUGCCUUUCCUACAGAGGCAGUACAGAAGGGCCUUUCACUCCCUAGACCCAGACUGCGAAUCUGAAGUAUCCCUACUGACAAAAGCUGAAUAUGUUUCAUUGGCAGUAUCACUAGUGGGAGUGCCAGGGCUAACAGUGCGAAACUCCAGAAAUUUGAAUAGCCUGGCAUGCACCCUAGCAAAAGGUUUAAAUUUGACAUCCCAAGCGCUGGCUGCCUUGAACAGAGAGCUGCGACAAGUUAGAGAGGCCACCUUGGAAAAUCGCGCAGCAAUAGACAUACUCCUGGCAGGAAUCGUCACAGCCUGUGUCAUAGGAGCCCUCAUGUGUUGUCUCUGUCAUUGCAUUCCCCCUUGUCUAGCCCGCUCAAACCCCACAAAGAACAAACAAACAUCGCCAAGCAGCCCUCAUGAUGAUCCAGAUAGACCAGGACUUUCAAGUAUACUCAGACAAGGCACCCAAUGAUACUGAGGGGCGAAAAUAAUUGACAUCAAUUAUUUUGCCCCAGUUCAGAAUGAAUAAACACGCAGCCAGGAGCCAUAGCCAGAGAAAACCACACAUGUAGCCAGGAAAAGGUUACACUCGGUCACAAAAGAAACAUGAGAUGACAGGAUUAGAAAAAGGGUAACAAAGUUGGGGAAAACCCUGAAUCCAGCAAUGACCAGUUAGAUUAACAAAAACACAAAAUCCAAUUCCAAGAUAACACAAACAUCAUGACUAUUUACAUAGAGCAGACGCCUUUGUAUAAGCGCCCAAAUAGGAAAACACCCUCCUCAUGUUUUAUGAUAGGAUUAGGCCAAGGACAAGGCACGGGAUUUUGUUCAUGAAGACAAGAGAAUCAAGAUCAGAGCAAUCAUCAGAAUAGCAAUAGCAAUAGCAA